AUGAGCGCUGGUGUCGCCUACGUCGGUCCCUCGGGACAGACUGCCUACGUCCUGUGCGCAGACUGCGGCACGCCCAUCGAGCCCAACGGCGCCAACCUCUGCGUCAACUGCCUGCGCAACUCCGUCGACAUCACCGACGGCAUCCCCAAGCAGACGACCAUCUCGUUCUGCCGCGGCUGCGAGCGCUGGCUGUCGCCCCCGGCGACCUGGACCCGCGCCGAGCUCGAGUCGCGCGAGCUCCUCGCCGUCUGCCUGCGCAAGCUCAAGGGCCUCGCAAAGGUCCGCCUCAUCGACGCCGGCUUCAUCUGGACCGAGCCUCAUAGCAAGCGCCUCCGCGUCAAGCUCACGAUCCAGAAGGAGGUCUUCUCGUCGACGAUUCUGCAGCAGAUCUUCGAGGUCGAGUACGUCGUGACGGGCGCCCAGUGCCAGGAGUGCACCCGCCUCGCGGCCAAGAACACGUGGCGCGCCAUGGUCCAGGUCCGCCAAAAGGUCGACCACAAGCGCACGUUCCUGUACCUCGAGCAGCUCAUCCUCAAGCACGGCGUCGACCGCGACACCAUCUCGGUCGCCGAGGUCAAGGACGGCCUCAACUUUUUCUACUCGAGCAAGCAGCACGCGCUCAAGAUGGUCGACUUCCUCAACUCGGUCGCGCCCGUCCGCACCAAGAUGUCGGAGCAGCUCAUCUCGCUCGACACGCAAAACGCGACGACCAACAAGAAGGAGUCGUACUCGGUCGAGAUCGUGCCCAUCUGCAAGGACGACCUCGUGUGCCUGCCGCAAAAGAGCGCGCGCGCCAUGUCCAACAUUGCGCAGCUGUGCGUGUGCCACCGCGUCGGCAACCAGGUGUACCUCAUCGACCCGCUCACGCUCAACCUGGCGGCCCUGUCGAGCAACGACUACUGGCGCACGCCGUUCCCGCCGCUCGCGUCGGUCCCGCAGGCGAUCGAGUUCAUCGUGCUCGACAUUGAGCCGACGGCGCACCCGCCCAAGACGGCAAAGGGCGGCCGGUUCCUCCUCGCCGACGCCCAGGUGUCGCCGCUCGGCGGCACCAUGUCGAGCGACGUCAUCUUCCACACCCGGACCCACCUCGGCGCCGUCCUGAAACCGGGCGACACGGUCCUCGGGUACCUGCUCGCCAACAGCAACUACAACAACGAGGCGUUCGAGACGCUCAAGCAGGACCGCAUCCCGUCGGCCGUCCUCGUGCGCAAGACGUUCCCGAACCGCCGCAAGCAGAAGAAGCCCCGCAACUGGAAGCUGCGCUCCAUGGUCAAGCACGUCGGCGGCGAGAACAUCGAGGGCGCAGACGUCAUCGGCCUUGGCCGCGAAAAGGCAGAGGUCAAGAGCAAGCGUGCCGGUGCUUCGGACCAGGCCAAGGCCGAGGCCGACUACGAGCGCUUCCUGCAGGACCUCGAGGAGGACGAGGAGCUGCGCCAGACGGUCCAGCUCUUCAAGGACCCGAACGCGGCCCAGGCCCAGACCGACACGAUGCACGACGACGGCGACACGGACCUCGACGGCGGCGACGACGACGACGACGAGGACGACUUCCCCGAGAUCCGGGUCGACGACUUGCUCGACGAGAUGGACGCGCUCGCGAUCGCCGAGGACGAGGACGGCGAUGCGCAGAUCCAGGAGUGAGUGGGGGCGGCGGUGGACGGCGAGAGGGCAUGGCAAUGCGACGGCGUGUUGUACG